AUGGGACGAGACCGACGAUCUCGUAAGCGUACGAACACGGGGUCUUGCCCGAGCUCAUCACCAAUGUCGUCUAGCAGUGGGGCCGAGCGACAGUCGAGAUCAAGGUAUCGAACUGACUCCAGCACCACUCGACGCAAGCGCUUGCGAUGCAGCGGGCGAAGUGGUUCCAGAUGUUCGCUGAAUAAGUGCGGCGCCUCCAGGCGUAUGCAACGUGACCGAAGUACAUCUAUACGUGUGCCGCUUGAGCGCAGUACAUCGAGGUAUACCCCCGACCUCUCAAAGGACACACAUCGGGUAAGAAGUGCAAAAAAACACCGAUCUUCACCGAUCAAUGAGGGUGUUACGUCGUGUCUCUCUGCAAAUAGCUUAAUAGAUACAUUUAAAGAACUAGUUAAUGCGAUUAAACCUGAUAAUAGUAGCGAUCGUUAUCCUGCCAUUAACGUUGUUCCAGAGUUCGAUCCAUCUAAGAGUAAUCAAACCGUUAAUACCUGGAUUGUUAAGGUGAACGAGUGUGCGGCUAUUUAUGGUUGGUCAGAACGUCAGAUAAUCCAUUAUGCUCUUCCAAAAUUAGUUGGUUUAGCGCAAAAGUGGUAUCAAGGUUUGCCAAGCUUAAUGUUUUCUUGGUCUGAAUGGCAGGAUAAACUAAGGUCAGCAUUUCCAAGUAAUCAAAAUUAUGGCCAACUGUUAACAGAAAUGCUUGCGUGUAAGGCUCGAUUUGGCGAGUCCUUAGAAGAGUAUUUUUAUGAAAAGAUUGUUUUAUUGAACAGAUGCUUAAUAUUUGGUAAAAAUGCUACAGACUGUAUUUUAUUUGGCAUUGAGGAUAGGUCUGUUAGAACAAGUGCCGAAGCGGCUCAAUUUACGGAACCAGAUAAAUUAUUAAUUUUCCUAAGAAAUGUUAAAACUGUUAGGAGACCUGAAAGGAACACCACAAUUCAAGCAAGCACUUCUGACAACAGACGGCCAAAAGUCUUUAAGCCGAUACAAGGUAGUUCUGCUAUUAAAACUGUACCAAAAUGUUAUAACUGUGGUGAGGAAGGACACCCAUAUUUUAAGUGUAAACAUACUAUUAAAAGGUGUAACACGUGUCAUAAGAUAGGUCAUUUAACUGAUAGUUGUCCGAAACAAGGGUCCGCAGACAGCAAGUCUGUUUUAGUUAUAACCAAAAAUACUGAUUAUGAUUUAAAAUAUUUUAAAUCAGCCAAGGUUAAUGACAUAGAAUUAGACUGUUUCAUAGAUUUUGGUAGUCAAUGUACCAUGUUGAAGGAAUCCGCUGCUAAAAGUCUAGUUGGUUCGUGGUCAACGAAUAAUUUGCCAGUUUUACGAGGCUUUGGAGAUUCUGUAGUGAGAUGUCUCGGUACGUGUGAAGUCGUAAUUGAAGUGGAUCUUGUUAAAGCUACGGUACAAGUUCUUAUUGUGGCAGAUGAGUUACUAAGAGUUCCGUUAUUGCUGGGACAAACUUAUACUGAACAAGAUCACAUAGUUGUUUAUAAAAAUAAGGAUAGCUUAAAAAUAAUUUCAAGAGAUUCACAAAAAGAAACUAAGGUUUUGCUGUACGUUGCUGAAUCUACGUCAGUUGCUUUUGGUUAUAAUGAAAUAUAUGUUUAUUCAUCUCCAAAUUAUAAGGGUCAGUUAUUUAUAGAAGCUAGUAGUUGCCAAUUACCUAAACGUGAAUAUGAAGUUAUUCAGAGUGUCAUACAGCUAAACAAUGGUCAGGGACGAGUAGUGAUUAAAUGUGUAUCUUCAACCCUAUAUUCUUUAACAAAAGAUACGCUACUGGUUCGAGCUCUACCUUUAAAAAAUAUUCAGAAUAUUUAUGUAAAUAAAAUUGAAUAUGACUCUGCUCCUCCUGUUACAUUAAUAGAAAUUUCAAUGUUAAAUAUAGAUAAAGACUUGGGCCAUAGUGAUAAAGUUAAAUUACUAAAUCUUCUAAACGAAUUCAGGCAAUGCUUUGCUUUUGCAAUAAAUGAAAUUGGGUGCGUACAAGGUUCAGAAAUGAAUAUUAAAUUAAAUGACAAUAAUCCCGUAGUAUAUAGACCAUACCGUUUGUCUCAACCAGAACGCGAGCGUGUUAGAGCUAUGGUAGAAGAAUUAGAAAACUGUGGAAUUAUCAGAGAGUCUACGUCAGAAUACGCGUCGCCUAUUAUCCUUAUUAAAAAGAAAACAGGAGAUUAUCGUCUUUGUAUAGAUUUUCGGGCAUUAAACAAAAAAACUGUAAAGGAACAUUACCCUUUACCGCGAAUUGAUGAUCAAUUAGAUAAUUUAUCUGGAUUUAAAUAUUACACUUCUUUAGAUCUUGCAUCUGGCUAUUAUCAGGUACCUAUGUCUGAAUCUUCAAAACAUCUCACAGCUUUUAUUACUCCUGAUGGACACUAUGAGUUUAAUAGGAUGCCAUUUGGGCUAGCUAACGCUCCUUCUAUCUUCCAAAGAACUAUUAACAAGAUUUUGGGCAAUGCAAGAUUUAAAGAAGCUUUUGCGUAUAUGGAUGACGUGAUAAUUCCAUCAAAAACAAUUGAGGAAGGGUUUCAAAAACUACGUAAUACUUUAAUAUUGUUCAAAGGGGUAGGCUUAACUUUAAAAGUGGAUAAAUGUCAAUUCUUCAUGCAAAAUGUCGAUUACUUGGGAUUUGAAAUAAGUAAAGAUGGCGUGCGACCUGGAAAGAAAAAAAUAGAAUCCGUUGAAAAGUUUCCUGAACCCGCUAACCAACACAAUGUUAGACAAUUUCUGGGAUUGGCUAGGUUUUUUCGUAGAUUCAUAAAAGGAUUUUCUACUAUAGCAAGACCAUUAACACAACUCUUGAAAAAGGAUUCUAAGUGGAGAUGGGGUACGGAAGAAACUAAUGCAUUUUUAUCUUUAAAAGAAGCAUUAGUUAAACGCCCCGUCCUUGCUUUUUAUAACCAGUCAUAUGAAACACAAGUUCACACUGACGCUUCUAAGGUCGGUAUUGCAGGUAUUUUGUUGCAGAGACCCAACAAGGAAUCUCCUUUUAAUGCUGUAGCUUAUUACAGUAGACAGACUACACCUGAGGAGAGUCGUUUUACAGCUUAUGACUUGGAAACGUUAGCAGUUGUCACAUCAUUGCAGCGGUUUCGUGUAUAUCUAUUAGGUAUAUGUUUCACAAUAGUUACUGAUUGUAAUUCUUUAAGAGCAACGUUUGAAAAACGUGAUAUGUUGCCUAGAGUUGCUCGAUGGUGGAAUAUAAUGCAAGAGUAUGAUUUUAACAUAAUAUAUAGACCAGGUCUGUCCAUGUCACACGUCGAUGCUCUUAGUCGUAGUCCGGUUAAGUAUGACGAAAAUUUCGUUGAUGUUUGUACAAUUGAUUCGAACUGGAUUUCUACUGUACAGCAGAGCGAUUCAGAACUACAACGAAUUGUAAAUAUAUUAGAGGAUCCCAAUACAAGUAAUCUUUUAGAAAUAAAAAACAACUUUGUGGUAAAAAGGGGUCUGCUGUAUAGAAAAACGCAAGAUGGCGAUCGCUGGGUUGUACCAAAGGGAGUACAAUGGCAAGUAUUAAAGGCUAAUCACGAUGAUAUUGGUCAUUUUAGUGUUGAUAAAACUUACGAUAGGAUCAAGGGUCAAUACUGGUUUGCUAAAAUGCGGAGAUUUGUAAAAAAGUAUGUGAAUUCUUGUCUUGAAUGUGCUCACAGCAAAAUUCCAGCUGGCAAGAAAGCUGGGGAAUUGCAUUCAAUACCAAAAGUUAAUAGACCAUUUGACACUAUCCAUAUAGACCAUUUAGGGCCCUUUGUGCGCAGUAAAAAUAAAAACUCUUAUUUGUUGCUAAUAAUAGAUGCAUUCACUAAAUAUAUUAUCCUAAUACCAGUAAAAAGCACGAAAACAAUCCAUUCCAUCAGAGCAAUAAAACAUUAUUUUCACACUUUUAGCGUCCCGAGAAGACUUAUUUCUGAUAGAGGAACCUCAUUUACAUCUAAACGGUUCAAUGAAUAUUUAGACUCGUUAGGUGUCAAGCACGUGCUGAAUACUGUUGCCACUCCUCGUGCUAAUGGGCAAAUAGAACGGUAUAACCGCACAGUAUUAGCUUCUUUAACAGCGUCAAAUUUUGGUAAGCCUGAACAUUUAUGGGACGAAUGUGUAAGUGACAUUCAGUGGGGAUUAAAUAAUACAAUAAAUAAAACAAUUGGUAAAACUCCUGCAGAAGCUUUAUUUGGUAUUAAAACAAUAGGAACCAAUGAUUCUUUGGUGCAGAUUAAUGUCUUAAGUGAUUCCGAUAAUGAAAAUGCACAAAAUACUAAUAAUAUUGACAGUAUUAGGAACGAAAUAUCGCAACGAAUUAAAAUUGAUCAAACAAAACAAAAGGAACGUUUUGAUAAGAAGCGGAAAAUCUUAAAGUUUGUUGUAGGUGAUUUGGUUAGAGUAGAGAGAGAGAUUCCUUCAACAGGUAAAAGCAAAAAAUUAAUUUCUAAAGUUCGCGGUCCUUAUCGUAUAUGUAAGGUUCUCGAUAACGAUAGAUAUGUAGUCGAAGAUACACCUAUAUCACGCAAAGGCAGACGUUUUAGUGGUAUAUUUUCCGUUGAUAAAAUUCAUCCUUGGUUGGUUUAUCAACGAAACUAUGAGUCUGAUACUCAAAGUUCAAAUAGUAAUACCGAUGAAUGA